GACCUGCGAAGCCUCUACCCGAAGAGAAGCGCUUCAGGAGAGUUAAUUUGGGAAGAUCAUCUCAUAAGAAAGUUAUAGAUCAUGAGUUCAGGUGCAGAAGUAGAUAUGAAGGAUGUAGAGCUGAAUGAGCUGGAGCAGGAUAAACAGCUAAUGCCCAGUCCUGGAGAAGAACCCUCUGUGGAGAAGAAUGGUUGUGUGGCUGUCAAACUGCCUGAAGAAGUAGAAGCUAAGUUCACAGGCCUCUCCAAAGAAGCGCUGAUGAAGGUGGCUGGUACCCCAGGCUGGGUGCGAAUUCGCUGGGCAUUGCUUAUCCUCUUCUGGCUUGCCUGGAUUGGCAUGCUUGUGGGUGCCAUUGUGAUUGUUGUACAGGCUCCACGCUGUAAGUCGCUCCCUUCAAGACAAUGGUGGCAGAAAGGUGCAAUUUACCAGAUUAGUAAUGAAUUUCUGGAUUCUAAAGAAGUCAUUGAGAGUAUUGAUUACCUGAGUGAGUUAAAAGUGAAAAGCCUCAUAGUGGGGCCAGUACCUCAAGUAUACAGCUCUGGUUCAACAAUUGGAUCUAAAGAAAAUCUCACAAAUUUCCAAAAAGUGGCACAGAUGAAAGGCUUAAAAGUUGUUUUGGAUAUAACUCCAAACAAUGAUGAUGAUGAUCCCUGGAUUAAUAUUUCUAGCAUAGCUGAGCAAAACAAUUUUAAGAACACUUUUGAGAACUGGCUGAAGAAUGGAAUAGAUGGAAUUAUGGUUAGUGAAGUGGAAACAAUCAAAAAUAAUGCGUCUUUACUUUGGGAAGAACUGAAGAAUUUGACUAGUAAAUACAGUACUGAAGCCAAGCCCAGAAUCCUCAUUGGUGUGACAUCCUCUAAAGAUCUUGAGGAAAUUGUGAAAGCUGGGAACCAGUCAGGAGUAGACCUUUUGUUGUCUGGAGUUCUACACAUCUUAGGGAAAGCACCAACUGGUUCAGAAGUUGCUUUAAAUGUGGAGAGAUAUAUCACUGGACUUGGCACGGCCUGGCCUUUGUGGUCGGUGGGAAGCCGCACUGUGGGUCAUUUAGCAUCUCUGGUAGAAGAAAGGCUUGUAAAGAUUUAUCAAAUGAUGCUGUUCACACUUCCGGGUACUCCAUUCACCAAUUAUGGAGAUGAGAUUGGUCUUCAAGACCUAGAGGAAAAGGAUCAAAACUCAAAACUGCCUAUGAUGUUGUGGGACAAUUCAAAUUUCUCUGUCAUGGCCCAAACACAAGACACAAAUUCCGUGCUGAACCUGUACAAGCAGCUGAGUGACUUAAAACUGAAAGAUCGCUCCUUACAAUAUGGGGAUUUUUAUUCUAUUGUUCAUAAUGCCAGUAUCUAUGCUUACUUGCGUGAAUGGGACCAGAGUGAACGUUUUCUAACAGUGUUAAAUUUUGAGGGUCUGAAAACUAAGGUCUCACUCAUACACAACAAAUUGCCAGCAGAGGCCUCAGUGGCCAUCAGCACUUACUCACAGCGUAAUGAGUCCAGUGUAAACCUUGCAGAUUUCACACUUGAGCCAAAUGAAGGGCUCUUGCUGCGAUUCCCAUAUGUAUACUAAAUAGCACUGUCAUACAUGAGACUCUGAACUCUUUAAGCAGCAUCGGCAGCAGCCUUCCAUCUAAACAGGAGUUUGUGAAAUUAUACAGAAGACUGUUAUCAUAUAGUCACAAAUGUGUAAAAUGUGUCAUAGUUGAAACACUAUCUAAAAUUGUAGCUAAAUACUACAUGGAUAUGUUAUUUUGGUUGUAAUGCUGCUUAAAAAGUCUUGGGUCUUUAACAAUUUUGACUUUCCUGUGUUAUCUGUUUUAGAAAUGUUGUUUUGUUUUUUUUUAAUUUUAGCUACUACAUUACCUCAACAGCUUGUAAAAUAUUCGGUUAAACAUCUGCAUUUGUCAUGCUGUUCUGGUAUCAUGUUUUUCACACUGUAGGUUUCCUUUU